GGGUCUGGUUUACCGCAGUACAGGAAGUUUAUAGACUUUUAAUCAGGUUGAGCAGAGCAGAGAUAUUUAAUAAUAGAUGUAGACCUCACUUGCUUUUGUAGAUGUCAGUUAAGAUAUCAAAAGUUGUUCUGUGCAGGUGGCAUGGUGGACACACUACUUGGAUCCUACCAGAAGGAAGUCCAUCCCCGACCUGAGGACAACCAGAGUGUGUACGUGACGCUGGAUCUGGCGAUCAGACAAGUUGUAGAUCUGGCCGAGACAAAGCAGAUUCUGACAACCAAUCUGUGGAUCCGCAUGAAUUGGACCGACCACAGACUCACAUGGAACCCAUCAAGUUUCGAUGGAAUUGACACCAUUUAUGUACCUUUGGACAGUAUCUGGACACCCGACGUCACCCUUUACGAUGACACAGCAUUUGGCAGUAACGUCGCUCUGUCGGAAAGGAAGUUCCACAAACUAAAAGUAACCAAUGAAGGCAGAGUAACGCAGAGAUUCCCCACCGUCCUCAGCAGCAUCUGCGGUGUCGACACCACCUACUUCCCCUUUGACAAACAGCUAUGUCCACUCAAGUUCGGCUUGUGGCUCCACGAUGACGACAUUGUGACCUUGACAAGCGACCAGACAGGGGACACCACGUCGUAUCUCGAGAAUGCUGAAUGGUUCCUCACCGGAAUCGAUGCAGAGAAGAAGCCAUAUUUGUACAAUGGUUUAGUCUACAGCACUAUCACGUACACUGUGUCCAUACAAAGACGACCGGCGUUCUUCAUGCUGACGCUGUUCUUCCCAUGUUUUCUCCUCAGUAGUAUGUCGAUCCUCGGGUUCCUCCUCCCGCCAACUUCAGGGGAGAAGGUCGGACUGCAGGUCACCCUGCUGCUGUCCCUGACAGUGUUCCUGUUCCUCACCAUUGAUACGCUGCCACCAAACUCCGAACCAUUGCCACUUAUGUGCGUGUACUUCGUGUUGGUGAUCAUGAUUGCGACCACGUCUUGCGUCCUCGCUGUUAUUGUUCAGAAAAUCCACCUGAAAAGCAAACAAGGCUGGAAGGUUCCUCCUCUGGCACGAACUGUCAUCAUCCACUGGCUUGGUCGUCUGGUGCUGAUGAAGAGGCCACACGUUCGCAGGAAACAUACAAAUGAGGACCUUGAAGCAGAGAGAGGGGGUAACACCGUCGGUAUUCAGAAAACUCCAACAGCAGCAACAGCAGAUGCACCAGCACCGUCAACAUUACCUAGGGAGUAUGGGGCUUUCCGUGAGAUACUGACAGGCUUGGAGCAGCUUCUGAAACGUCAUGAAGGGGAGAAGGCAACAGACGACACUGACGAAUAUGAGGACUGGCUAACCAUUGCAUCUAUCCUCGACAGAUUCUUCCUCAUUCUCUCUGUAGUCAUUUCGUUUGUCAUAUCAACCGUCUUCCUUAUCCAUUUUUCCGUUUGAACACCAUCUGAAAAACACAGGAAUGGUACCUGUGCGUGUACCGUUUGACAAUCUGGAUUGUCUCCCUUUAGAUCAUUCUUUCAUACUAUAGCUUUUACACGUGACAACACAAUAUUUAUCUAUUUCCCAACUGCAUUAAUAAUAAGAAAGUCCUAGCUUUUAACGUAAUACAUUUUAUGAAGAGUUUCAUAUUUAUUCUACGUUUAGCCAGCCUUAACCACGUAUUCUCUAUCAAAAAUAAAACGAAAUGUCUAUCUAUGUAAAACAUGGGUUGCUGAAGACCUAUUCCACCCCGCGUCUCCACGGUCUUGUUCAAAGUGUUUGUGUUUUGGAUCAUGGUCAAUUUUGUGUUGUUUUUACCACCAGGUUCUUUGAUUUGGACAAAACAAGGUUUGAACCACCUUGGAGAUGAAUGUUGAUCAUCGUGUCUCAUUUAUUUCAGUUACAGGGCCAGGUUCCUGCUCAAAAGUAAUAUUGCUCUGAUUGCUCUGAUAACACUAUUGUGCUUUAGUGCUGACUAGUACUUGAAAUUGACGGCCAUCUUGAUUUUUUGUAGAUUUAUCAAUAGUCGAAAAAGUUCAGUAAUUGUGAAUAUGUUGUAAGAAACAUAAUAUGGCUAAUUCGCAACAAAACACAUGCUUUUUUCAUCAAAAGAUUUAACCUCAUCUGAAAUAAGAAAGAUACAUAAUUAAUCGGAGGCCAGAUUGGAUUAUGCAAAUAAGACAUAUUUCUCAAACUAGGAUUGCUUGAGACUUCUAGUAUGUUAUUCUUGGGACCUUGUAGAAAUGCAUUGUUGUGAAAUAAAUUCUGUUUGCAAUUUGUUCCAAGUGAAACCUUAUUUUGCCUGGACUGUAUGGGUCCAUGACAAUCUACCCCUGUAGAUCCAGGGAUAGAAUAGGUCUUCAGCAACCCAUGCUUGCUUGUCGUAUGAGCAGACUAUGCUUGUCUUAAGAGGCGACUAACGGGAUCGACUAACGGGAUCGGGUGGUCAGGCUCGCUGACUUGGUUGAUGCAUGUAAUCGUAUCCCAAAUGAGUGGACCGAUGCUCAGUCACUGAAUUCGAUUACUUACAGACCACCUUCCAAAUUGAUACCCUUUG